AUGACUGAACCACUCCCUCUCUCGGCAUCCGGACCGCCAGUAAGCGGCCCCGCCGUGAGCAUGGCCAACCCGCCGGCGACGACGCACAACGCCUUUGUCUCCGCCGCCCCGAUGGUCAGCUCAACUGAGCUGCCCAAACCCAUUCUCAUCCGGCCCACGCCUGUGAAGAAGGCAUCGCUCCCGCCGCCGAAUCCUCUACCUUCCUCGCUUCCUGUGUCGCCUCCGCCGCCCCAGCAUGCCCUCUCGGAUCACCUUUACCGCUCACUCAAGACCGGCGCCUGUGCCGACGUGCGCAUCUGGGUACGCCGCUGGAAUAUCGGCUGGCUAGUGCACAAGAUGGUUCUGGUCCAGGCCGGCUUCUUCCAGUCGCUGUUCAUGGGUGGCUUCUCAGAGGACGCUCCACCGCGCCCAUAUCUCAACAUCCGCCCUCUUGAGCGCGACGACGAAUGGCACGGCGAAGACAUCGAGCUCACAUUCGAUGACCCCAACAUUACUCGAGCCGCCUUCGAAAUCUGUUUGUCGCGUCUCUACUCGCCGUUUCCGCAUUUCCAUUUCCCCGUCUCCUUGCUCCCGACGGCGGCGCAGCCUCUGACGCCCUCAUACCCUCCCGGCGCGUCAUUCCCCUCGCUUCAAAUGUCCUACGACGAAGUGGCCCCGAACACGCACCUGGUCACGCCCCGUCUCUGCCUCUCGCUUCUGGCUACCGCAACAUACCUUGGCCAGCCGUACUUGCUACGUGAGGUGCUCGCAAUCGUUCUACGUACGGUCGGCCCGUCCACCGUGGGGCGCUACCUCGCGUUUGCUGUAGGCGACGGCAUUGGUGAGCCAGAAUGGGACAACCAGGACGACGAUGGUGCGAAGGGGAUGGAGAAGGUCGCACGCACGCUGUCGUCCGGCUUCACGCAGCACGAGUCGGACGAAUGGGUGAGCGAGUCGGACACGGCCUCGGCGGCGUGUGACCAGUCACCUCGCGAGGCGCUUGUUCAGAGCCCACUGCCCGACAUUGACAGGUCGUCGCCGCCCGAGGUCUUGCACCGGACCUCGACCGACUCGGUCAUGUCCGACGAGCACACAAAGGUGUCAGACCACAGCGUGUCACGCACAUCGUCGUUGAAGUCGAACGGGACCGCGCGCCCUGCCAGUGCCCAGAAGCUGGUGCCAGUAGACGAGGCGCAGCCGCGCCCGCUUCCACCCAUGCCGCACUUCUACGGCUUCGUCUCGAACAAGAUUGGGGAAGCAUGUGUCUGCUGGCUGGCAAGAUGGGGACUAGACGUUCUCAACAUCGAGACUUCAGUCGGUUGGGAGAGCAAAGAUAUGCCUAUCGUCUGGGGACACGGUGGUAUUCCCGCCAGGUUCGUAGGCGCCAUUCUGUCUUCGGACGCAUUGUUUGUUCCCAACGAGCGGGAGCGCUACCAAAUGACGCGCCGCGUCCUCGAGUUGCGCCGCGAGUCAUGGCAGGAUGCUUCUGACGAAAUGCCGUCGGCGAUGGACGCAUCCGAGCCCAUCGACGAGGACGCUUGGGAGGAUGAGGAGAACGAAAUUGCCAAGGUGUUCGCGGAGGGUAUCUACUAUUCGCACAUGUCCUUCGAAGACCUUUCUGCCAUUUCCAGCGAUAUCGACCCCGCAACUGCGCUCCCAUACGCGCCACUGCACGUCCUCCAAGCCGCGCACUGGCAGGCUGCCGACCUCAAGAAUCGCGUCUCCGGAGCAAAGAGCAACGACAAUGAGAGUGAGCUCGGCCUCACCGUCACCACUUCCGACAUUUCGGGACUCUUCCAGAGGCGGCGGGCUGGGCGCUCGCGCCUCUCCACGCCCUACGGCUCGGGCCUGGGCUCUAGAUCAACACUUUCCUUCUCCUCGCUUUCGCUCACUUCGGGCUUGGGCAACCCAACGGCUCCUGACGCAUGGUUUUUCCCCGUGCCGAGUGAUGACACUCACCGUAUUGGUGCUACCGGUCUGUUGUUUGUCUCCAAUCAAUCCGUCACGGCGCCUCUUCCGAGCAUUUCAGGCAUGCCGGAUUUCGGCCCGGAGUGGGGCGAAACAACGGCUCGUCAGAAGCCGGCGCCGCCGCCGCACGACGAGCGCUCGUUCUUUGGCAUCAUGCGCGGUGCUCGUCGCGGGCCCGAGAUUGAUGCGAAGUACCGCGAGGAAGGUGGAAGUCUAUUCUUGCCGGGCCUGGUCGACAAGGCGGCGGACGAGCGUUGGUCCAAGGUGGAGCCUUUCCGCUUCGCCGUCGAGUUCUGGGGCGUGGACAAACUCAACGUCGACUCCAAGGAGCGCUUGUACUCGCAGACUUACUUUUAUGCUGGAUCUUACUUCAACGUCUACGUCUCCGCCAUCCGCAAAAAGGACAAGGGUGUGCAGCUUGGCAUCUACCUUCAUCGACAGUCCACGACAGAACCGUUCCCAAUCGCCUCUUCGCCAAGCUCGUCCCCGAACCCUAACUCGGGUGUGCUGGGGCUGGGUCACACGCAGGACGCGGCACCUAUCGUCGCCCCAAACAACACGCCCAACAAUUCUGACUUUGCGCGCAUCAACACUGGAACUGGCACCGGCACUGGCACUAACAUGUAUCGCACUUUCUCCGUUUCGCCGCCGGUUAUUGGGUCGCCUGUCAGUCGGCACAACUCGCUGACGGACUCGGGCAGCGACGAGGCACGCGAGAAUCCCUAUGUUGAUCCGCGAGAGAUUACCAAGGCCUAUUUCAGCAUCACGUGCGCGAGUGCGCUCGGCACAGCCAUGGUGCGCUUCUCGUCCGCGCCUGAUUCAUUUGCGCUUUCGCAGUCUUGGGGCUGGAAGAGCUCGGCCUUGCGCUCGGAGGAGUAUCUCAGUGUCCCGAUGAGUGAGGGCGAAAGCACUCUUGGCUGGGUUGGGGAGAGCGGGGAGGGCGGCAGCCUGCGCGCGACGGUGGUCGUGGGUAUCAUAUAG